AUGCAAAGGACGUUGCAGAAAGCCAAUUAUGGGCAUCACAGCUUCUCCUUGCCCAAGGACGUGCCCUCUCCUCCUGACUCUUCACGCAGAGCCUUGCGCACAUCCAGCAGCUGCUGGGCAACCCCAAGGGCCAUGUCUUCGGUGAGCUCCUCAUCAACCUUCCGCUCCGAGCACAUCAGCACCUACACCCCGAGCAAACAUCGCUUCGAGCCUCUGCUUGAGUCUCCCCAUGGGAUCUUUGGGGCAGGGAGAACUCAGGAGCCCUAUGGGUAUUCAGGGUCUCCUCCAUCAGUCCAUUCCUCAGCCUUGGGCAGCAGCAACGUGGUGGCCAGCGGGAACAAAUACCAGGUCAUCGCGGAUCUCAGCCAGUUUGAACCUCAAGAUAUCGUGGUGAGUUCCUACAACUACUGCAUUGUCAUCCAAGCUGAGAAGGUGGCCGAAGAUGGCAUUGUCUCCAACACCUUCACCCAUAAGUGCCAGCUGCCAACAGACAUGGAUCCUCUGUCCGUCAGUUGCUCCCUGAAUGACGCUGGCAAGUUGAUCAUCACGGCUAGGAGGCGACAGCUGUCCCCAUCGCCUCUGUAUCGUACGGAGGUGAAGCUCUAAGCGUAGCCCUCUCUCACCCAAGACAGCACGUCAGCCCACACCUUGACGGUCCCUCAUAUGUGAUUGAUUUUUAGUUUAGUUUGUGGGCAUCCUUUCUCUAUGCCAUGCACAGGUGGAUUUCAGCAGGUUCUGACCAGGUCUGGAGAACCAGUAGCAGAAAUUUUGAGUAGUUCGGAGAACCGGUAGUAAAAGUUCUGACUGGCCCCGCCCCCAUCUAUUAUCUGCCUCCCAAAUACCAGCUGAUCGGGAGGAAAUGGUGAUUUUGCAGUAACCUUCCCCUGGAUCGGGGAGGGAAUGGAGAUUUUACAGUAUCCUUCCCUGGAUCAGGGUGGGAAUGGAGAUUCUACAGUAUCCUUCCCCUGGAUCGGGGUGGGAAUGGAGAUUCUACAGUAUCCUUCCCUUGAAGUGGGGUGGGAAUGGAGAUUUUAUAGUAUCCUUCCCCUGGAGUGGGGUGGGAAUGGAGAUUUUAUAGUAUCCUUCCCCUGGAGUGGGGUGGGAAUGGAGAUUAUACAGUAUCCUUCCCCUUCCACGCCCA